AUGAAACAAGGAACCGUGAUAUGGAAGGCCACCCAAGUAUUAACUCUUCAAGAUUCAGGCCCCCAACACCCCAUUUACAUCGGACUACCAACACCACCGCAAACAAAGGUUCGAAUUCCCCUUCUCCGCCGGUCAAAAAUCGCUUCUCCUUACAAGCCCAACAUCCGAUUGACGGGUUCGAUUCUCCUCUUCUGGUUAUAUAAAGGUAAACUGAAUAUAUCAGUCGAUAUCGAUGGAGGGUUUGUGACAACUAAGAUUGGUUUGACAUUUGAAAGAAAGUUUUAUGAAGCACUCCAACUGCUCGAUGAAAUGCUUGAACAAGGUUGUAUUUCGUAUUGGAGUAGUCAACAACCUAACCACGGCCACACGGCAACAUUUGUUAAUAUUUAUCACCCGCCUCAACCGGUAACCACUAGUGCCGUUGACCAUUGGCCGGUGGUGGACCGGGUAGUGUGGACAUGGUGGGACCUGCAGCAGCAGCUAGUGUCUAUCAGCAGCAACAACCCUAACCAACUCAAAUCAACUGGCCUAACAACUACUAAAGUAACAAACUUCAACAAUCAAAACCCAAAACCCAAAAAGGUGCGAUUUGCAUUUGGUCAGCUUCAUAUAGGUUCUGGAGUUAGAUGGACUCUUGUGGAUUUUCUUCGAGGCCAUGGUGAUGAACAAAUAAGUGCACUCUCAUGGAGUCCUGGUGGAAGAUAUCCUAAGUAG